UAGAUAUCCCUAACACGCUUCAAUCUCAUGACAAACACUAGAUGUGUAUGAAGGAUUAUGUUAGCAACCAUUUGGCUGCCAAAACACUGUGAUUGUUUUAAGAAGUAACCAACACAGUUAUUGUUAAAUUUGUAUUAACAAAUUAAGGGAUGCAUGGUUUUAACUGGUACUUUGAGAAAAUAUAUAAACCUGUAUACGGGACACUACCUCUAAAACCAACCGGGUACGUAGAUAUACUCUGAUAAUGCACAUUAUUAUAAGAUACAUUUACCACCUAAGGUCAAAUGCUUGUGUAAAAGCAAAAGCAUGUUUUAUCUUUCUCUCUCUCUCUGUGUCUUUCCGUUGAGAAUAAUACGACUGUGACAUGUUACAAGAUGAGAGAACUAUGUCAAAAACUUUCAUUAUAAGGAACAAAGCAGGUUCUUUCUUCAGACUGAUGGAUGAGGUCAUUUGUCUCUCUGUCCCCGGGCAGAGAUAACACACAAGUUAUGCGCUGCGAUGAUUUGAAUCAGCUCCCUCUCAGACCCACACCCUCAUACCUUUCAGGAUCAGUCCGUCAACUCUGACAGGGGAACUCAACUAUGCUGCUGCUGUCAAGCGCUGAUUGUUUGAGGCUUUUUCUCCAUUUCUGUUUCACAAUCUUCUAAAUGAGAGACAGAUAUGAUCAACCAGUUAUAAACAACUGAGAGUGAGAGUCAGACGUAUCUGACGAACAUCAAACAUCAAUCCCAUUUCUGCAAUAAGAUAUUCACUAGAAUUCACUGUUAGGAAUGGUACGGUCUUCAGAAACCUUUAUUUUGAAAGCUUUUAAACAUAUUUGCAGAUAAAGGUCUCUCUCUCUCUCUGUGUGUUUGCUGUUGUGUGUGAGUAUCUACUGAUGACCUUUCACUCACUCUCAUCUGUCAGUAGAUGCUGGAGAGGAAAAUGAAGGAGACGAAUCAAAGCCCAAGUCAAAGCCUGGUUUCAUCCCCGGCCUGAUACCUCCAAAGAUCCCAGAAGGAGAAAAGGUGGACUUUGAUGAUAUUCACCGAAAACGAAUGGAGAAGGACCUCACCGAGCUCCAGACUCUGAUUGAGGCCCACUUUGACAAGCGUAAGAAAGAGGAAGAGGAGCUCCUCAGCCUCACAGACCGCAUAGACAAACGCAGGUCAGAGAGAUCUGAACAGACGAAGAUCAGAGCGGAGAGAGAAAAAGAGCGACAGAACAGAAUAUCUGAAGAAAAAGCGAGGAAAGAAGAUGAAGAGUUCAAGAAGAGGGCAGACGAUGACCACAGGAAGAAGAUGAUUCUGUCCAACCUGAGUUUCACUGGAUACAAAACACAGACUGGGGCAAAAAGACAAACGGAGAGGGAGAAGAAGAAGAAGAUCCUGAACGACCGACGCAAGGAGUUAAACAUCGAUCACCUGAGAGAGGACAAACUCAAGGAAAAGGCAAUGGAGAUGUGGGACCGGAUGCGUCAGCUGGAGUCGGAGAGAUUUGAUCUUCAGUAUCUUCAGACGAAGCAGAAGUAUGAGAUCACCGUGCUGAGAAACCGAGUCAGUGACCAUCAGAAAAUCUCAAAGGGCGCCAGGAGCAAGCGAGGGCUGAGGAAGUAACAUCGGACUUCACCGUGAGGAAAACCGGCAUCAAUGAGCGACAGGAACUGAAUUUGAACGUUUUCUAAAUACUUGAACGGGCGAAGAACAGAGUGACGGUUCUGAAAAUAUUAUAAAAUGCUCUUGAACAGGUUAUCUGUGAAAUACAGUGCAUGCUGAGAAAUCCAGAGGUGUCACUGAGUCUGUGAUCUCAGACUGAUCAUACAAAGUGGUGCAGCUUGUGUUUAAUAAAAAAAAUAAAAAGUGUGUGAUCUAUAUAAAGGCUUUAGCGACGGGAUUUUGACUUUAAUGCUAAAGUCCAAACACUGAAUGUGUCGCUUGGAAACCUCAAAGUGAAGUGGAGACUAAUUAACAGAUUUUGUGAAGCAAUGAAUAAAAUAAAAUUUGUUUAACAAACC